AUGGACUACACCAAUACAUCUCAUGAGAGAUAUGAGCCAAGCCUCGAUUUCGCCCACGAUUCUCGCAGCGAUUCUGACGACACAGUCGAUCAUAUCGAUUCUCUUGAACUCACCCGUAUCAACACCUACCGACUUCAACAGAAGACUACCGUUGGCUCCACAAAAGGACCGAUCCCCCGUGAAAAAUGGCUACCGAUGGGCGCCAGCAAAGAAUACCCACCAGUACUGCCAGACUCCGAGGCCUACGUGGUGGAAUUUGAUGGUGCGAAUGAUCCAUUGCACCCAUAUAACUGGUCUAUGCUGAGACGGAUAUCCCUGGUUUGCAUCUUGUGCUACGGUACGUUUGCCGGCUCAUUUGCCAGCGCUGUGUUCUCGGCCGCUAUCUCCGGUAUCAGUCAAGAGUUUCACACCAGCACCGAGGUUGGCUCUCUUGGAGUAACACUUUACGUUCUCGGGUUCGCUGCCGGUCCCACAAUCUGGGCGCCAGCAUCGGAACUGAUUGGGAGGCGCUGGCCACUUUCAGUGGGACUUUUUGGCUGUGGCAUCUUCACGGUAGCAUGUGCGGUCGCCAAAGACAUCCAGACCAUUAUGAUCUGCCGGUUCUUUGCUGGUCUCUUCGCAGCUAGUCCAAUCUCGAUCGUUCCCGCGGUUUUUGCAGACUUGUUUAACAAUGCUCAACGCGGAGUCGUUAUGUCGAUCUUCUGUAUGGCAGUCUUUAUUGGGCCAUUUGCAGCACCCUUUGUGGGUGGCUUCAUUGCAAUGAGCUCUCUAGGAUGGCGGUGGACAAUGUACAUCUCAGCAAUUAUGGUCUUCCUAGGGUUUGGCUUAGUCGUCGUCUUUCUCGAUGAGUCUUAUGCGCCUGUUAUCCUUGUGCGCAAGGCGGCUACCCUACGCCGCCAGACCCACAACUGGGGCAUUCACGCGAAGCAAGACGAAGUGGAGGUGGAUUUCAAAGAGCUUGUUAGAAACAACUUCGCGAGACCAAUUGUGAUGUUGAUUACGGAACCCAUUCUGCUUCUUAUAUCACUCUACAUCUCAUUCAUCUAUGGCCUCAUCUAUGCUCUUUUGGGUGCAUACCCUGUUGUCUUCCAAGGGGUAUAUGACAUGAAUAUGGGUGUCGGUGGAUUAGCAUUUAUUGGCCUUAUCCUAGGGGAGCUUCUUGGUGGUAUUUUCGUUCUCUUAAUACAGGGAUCUUAUGCCAGAAAGCUGGCAGCCAAUGGUGACAGACCUAUUCCUGAAUGGCGUCUCCCUUCAGCUAUUCUGGGAGCGGUUGCAUUUGCUGGUGGGAUGUUUUGGUUCGGCUGGACCGGAUACACAACCUCUAUUCACUGGAUUGCCCCUGUCGGUUCAGGAAUCCUCACCGGAGCGGGUAUUUUCCUGAUUUUCUUGCAAUGCUUCAACUACAUCGUUGACUGCUAUCCUUCCCUAGCUGCAUCCACCAUCGCCGCCAAUACAAUUCUACGGUCGGCCAUAGGGUGCGCUUUUCCGCUAUUCUCCAGACAAAUGAUGCAGAAUUUGGGGGUGCAGUGGGCUGGAACUCUGCUUGGGUGCAUCGCUGUCAUCAUGAUCCCUAUCCCUGUACUGUUCAGGGUUUACGGACCCUGGCUACGGGAAAGAAGUAAUCUGGCAUGCUCGUCAGUCUACGAUGUUGAAAAAAAGUCCUAUGAUGUUUGA